ACCUCCUUGAGGGGGCCGUCACAGACAGGGCUUCGUGCAGACGGGUGCUGCUCUCUCUCUUCGUCCUUUCCUUCCAUCCUCCUCUCUAUCGAACUCCCAAACUUUGAUCCAUCAAAACCCUGCGAUUCACAUUUCAUUGCAAAAUGAUCUCACUCCUCAGAAGAACCAAGCUCCUAACCUUAACCCUAACCUCAAACCCUAGAACCCUCCGCCCAUUUCUCCGUUUUCUCUCAUCUUCUUCCAAAUUCCCCGAAUAUGAAAUGCCCUCGGUCACAUGGGGCGUCGUCCUAGGCCGCAAAGAGAGACUAGUCUCUCGUGUUAUCAUCUCCGACUACCUCAAAACCCUCGGCAUCAUCCCAGAUGAGCUCGAACAAGUUGAACUCCCCUCUACGGUCGAAGUCAUGCGAGAACGGGUGGAAUUUCUCCAGAAACUGGGAGUCACCAUUGACCACUUAAAUGAGUACCCGUUAAUGCUCGGAUGCAGUGUCCGAAAAAAUAUGAUUCCAGUUUUGGGUUAUUUGGAGAAAAUCGGGAUUCCUCGAUCGAAACUUGGUGAAUUCGUGGUGAAUUACCCGCAAGUGUUACAUGCCAGCGUGGUUGUUGAAUUGGCUCCUGUAGUGAAGUUCCUUAGAGGGCUUGAUGUGGAUAAGCAGGACAUCGGUUAUGUCUUGAUGAAGUAUCCUGAGCUUUUAGGGUUUAAGUUGGAGGGAACUAUGAGCACUUCUGUGGCCUAUCUAGUGAGUAUUGGAGUGAGUCCGAGGGAUAUUGGACCGAUGGUGACACAGUAUCCCUAUUUUUUAGGAAUGAGAGUGGGGACUGUGAUUAAACCCAUUGUUGAUUACUUGGUUUCAUUGGGUUUACCCAAGAAGGUGUUGGCAAGGAUGUUUGAGAAGCGGGUAUAUGUGCUUGGGUACGAUUUGGAGGAGUGUAUUAAGCCCAAUGUGGAUUGUUUGGUUAGCUUUGGGAUUAGGAGGGAGGCGCUUGCUUCGGUUAUAGCACAGUUCCCACAAAUUCUUGGGUUGCCUUUGAAAGCUAAGUUGUCAUCACAACAGUACUUCUUUAAUUUGAAGCUCAAGAUUGAUCCAGAUGGUUUUGCUAGAGUGAUUGAGAGGAUGCCACAAAUAGUUAGUCUUAACCAGAAUGUAAUUAUGAAACCUGUUGAGUUUCUCCUUGGGAGAGGAAUACCAGCUGUGGAUGUGGCAAAGAUGGUUGUGAAAUGUCCCCAGUUAGUGGCAUUGCGGGUUGAGCUAAUGAAAAAUAGCUAUUACUUUUUUAAAAGUGAGAUGGGGAGACAGGUGAAAGAGCUUGUGGAGUUUCCAGAAUACUUUACCUAUAGUUUGGAAUCUCGGAUCAAACCCAGGUAUCAGAGGUUGCAAAGCAAGGGGGUGAGGAGUUCACUGGAUUGGUUCCUGAACUGUAGUGACCAGAGAUUUGAAGAGAGACUACAGGCUGAUUACAUUGAAAUGGAGACUGUUGGUCCAUCAUUUUGUAUGGGUGGGAAAUUGCAGUUACCGGGGAAUGAGGUUGUGUCAGAUGAGGAAGAUGAGAGUGAUGAUGAAGAACUUUACAGACGCACUGUUUCCCUUUAGUCAAAUUUGUUUUGUCACAAUAAUGAAGCAAAUCAAGUUUAUAAUGUUAAUGAAUGGGUGAACUUUACACAGUUGCAUGCAAGAUUAGUGGCAACAGGGGGCGGACGAAGGAUUUAUUUGGAAGUUUUUUUAUGGAGACUGGGCUUUUGAACUUGGAGUUAUGUAUAUAAUAUAAUUGGGACAUACUUUAGUAUUCCUUUGGUCGAGGAUUUUAGCUCUAACUUGCUUUUCAUUUAUUCCAAAUUCAUGAAGAAGUUGGAUUUUAAUUUCUCGCCUACACUGCAAUUGGACAUUGUUAAAAUCUCUGUUCAGCUUACAAGGAUUCUGUGUCUAGUUUACACUUUCGUAUUGAUGGACGGUUGCUUGCAUCUGGAAGCUUUGAUGGGCUUGUUAAAAUCUGGGAUGCAUCUUCCCGAGACCUCAAGUGUACACUUGAAUAUCCUAGUGGAGGCAUCGAGUGAAUCAGGUAGCAUCGAAGAGAACAUUUGGGGGAUUGCGCAGUUUGGAUGUGGCAUGCUGACAGAAGUGCCUACCUUUUAUUGGGAGAAUUUGGUAAAACAAUCUGUACUGGUUCUGAAUCUUCUGAUGAUGCAACCUUCAGAAUAUGGAAUCCAAGAAGUGGUGAAAAUAUUCAUGGUGCUGGAGGUAUAUAUGUGGAUUACUGUCUAUUCUGUUUUUCCCCUUGUUAGUAUUCCAGUUUUAAUAAGCAUAGCGGAUUCUGUACACACAAUGCUUCAUGUCUGUCUUUCAUGACAUUGAUGUCCAAAUUCAUUGAUUGAUAGGCAACAACAUGAUUCUUUCCUCCUGAAUGUUA